CAGCAAGCAAUCCAGCACGAAAACAAGCACCGUGUGCCGCUGGCUUUAGUGCGCGUGCGUGGAAAAAUUCCCAUGAAAGCACAUUACUGCUUUCGCCACACGUGACGAUAAUACUUAUUAUAUAUUUUUGUCAUUAUACUUAUUGGACUAAAAUAGUGUGCGCUUUUAGUUUUUAUUUUCAUGAUGAAGAUUAAAAUGUUAACUAGAAAUCCUGAUGAGUAUCUACGAGAGACUAAACGAGAUAUUUAUAAAAUCCCUAGAAAUUAUGAUCCAUCUUUACAUCCAUUUGAAGCUGCAAGAGAAUAUACAAGAGCAUUAAAUGCUGUUAAACUAGACAAAAUAUUUGCUAAACCAUUUCUUAAAAGUCUAGAAGGCCAUAAAGAUGCUAUAUCUUGUAUAUGUAAACAUCCUUCCAAAUUGUCUAUUCUUUUAAGUGGUGCAUAUGAUGGGGAAAUAAGAACAUGGAACCUGUCCUCAGGAAAAUGUAUACGUUCAUUUUUGGCUCAUGAUGGUGUGCUUCGUAGUAUCACUUAUGUGCCAGAUGCAGAACACUUUAUCACUGUUGGUGAUGAUAAAACAAUUAAGACCUGGAGUGCUACUAAAGAAGAUGAACCCUUAAAUACCAUUAUCAGCAAGACAGUACUUACUGGUAUAUCUCAUCAUCGAGAUAAACCUAUAUUUGCCACCUGUGGAGAAAAAUGUCAUAUUUGGGAGCAAACACGUAAUGAGCCAGUUCGUACAUUUGAAUGGGGUGUAGAUAGUCUAUAUGAUGUGAAAUUUAAUCCUGUACAGAGUAAUCUUUUAGCUGCUUGUACAAGUGAACGCAGAAUAAUUUUAUAUGACACUAGAGAUACGGGUCCACUGAGAAAGAUAACAAUGAAAUUACGAAGUAACAAGCUUGCUUGGAAUCCUAUGGAAUCCAUGACUUUCACAUGUGCUAAUGAAGAUUAUAAUUUAUACACAUAUGAUAUCCGAAAGUGGCAAACGCCAGUUAAUGUACAUAUGGAUCAUGUGGAAGCAGUAAUAGAUGUUGAUUAUUCUCCAACUGGAAAAGAAUUCGUUUCGGGUAGUUACGAUAAAUCAAUUCGUAUCUUUGAAGUCAACAAAGGUCACUCGCGAGAGGUGUAUCACACAAAACGUAUGCAGAGACUUACUUGCGUAGGAUGGUCACUUGAUAAUAAAUACAUAAUUACUGGCAGUGAUGAAAUGAACCUUCGUCUAUGGAAGGCUAGGGCAUCAGAAAAACUUGGAAUCGUUAGAAGUAGACAGAGAACAUCACUACUUUACAAUGAAGCACUGAAGGAGAAAUAUAUGGCUCACCCACAAAUUCGGCGAAUUGCACGUCACAGACAAGUACCGAAACACCUGUAUAAUGCGCAAGCUGAGUUACGAAAAAUACGUGAGAAAAAUAAACGCAAGGAAGCAAAUAGACGUUACCAUUCCAAAAAAGGAGCCGUACCAUUUGUGUCGGAAAGAGAAGCACACAUUGUGCGUCAUGAUUAAAAUAUUCUUAUAUUGUUAUAUAUUUUAUACAAUUAAAAAAAUAUUUUCUAGUCUUUAUUAUCUUUGUCAUUUAUAUGCUCGAAUCAUCGUGUUUUAGUUCCAUU